AUGUUCCAAAAUUCUAGAACAUCUGAGGGGACACAUAAAAAGUGAGUUUUGAUCAAUCGCAAGUCAGAACAUCAGCACACUGAGCAUAAGCACGCAGCUACAUGCAUCGCACAGCAUGAUUUCUUCUACAACAUAUUUUUUUCAUCAGACUCUUCACAUUAUCUUCUUUGGACAAUGUCUCAGCAAAUCGAGGACAUCGUUACUGAAGUACCCUCAUCCACACCCCCAGCACCUCCAAAGCUUUCAUGGAGUGAUCUCAUGGACGCUGAGGAUGGUGGGCUGGAGAACGUCGAACCCUUCUGUUUCUAUAAUCCCUGGAGCACGAAAACCACCAGCCAGGUAGAGGAUCAGAAGGUAGAGGAGCAGAAGGAGCAGGCUAAAGUCCAACAAAUGCCUGUUAGGACCAAGAAGUCCCCUAACGAACGUCUCAGCAAGAACACCAAGUCUGAGCCAUCCUUGCAAGGCGAAGACAUUGUUACUGAAGUACCCUCAUCCACACCCCCAGCACCUCCAAAGCCUUCAUGGGGUGAUCUCAUGGACGCUGAGGAUGGUGGGCUGGAGAACGUCGAACCCUUCCGUUUCUAUAAUCCCUGGAGCACGAAAACCACCAGCCAGGUAGAGGAGCAGAAGGUAGAGGAGCAGAAGGAGCAGGCUAAAGUCCAGCUGCUGCCUGUUAGGACCAGGAAGCUCCCUAAGGAACGCCUCAGCAAGAACACCAAGACAGUCAAACUGAUGCUGAGGAAUCUUGACCCCAGUGUGGAUGACCGACGGCUGCAUGAAGAGUUCCUGCGAUUUGGAACUGUCAUCAGUGCAAAGGUCCUGAUGGAGAAUGGCUUCUCCAGUGGCACUGGGACUGUCAGCUAUUCAUCUCCUGAUGAAGCCAGAAAGGCCAUCUUGGAGAUGAACGGCAGGUUGUUGGGCAGCAGGUCGGUGUUUGUGACUCCGUCUCAGAGCAAGGAGCAUGAAGGAAGGCAGAGAGAUAAGACGGAGAUUAGCCGGCCUACUGAACCCUACCCAAAUCCACACAACAACAUCCAGCCACAGCGUGAACAGGGAGAAAAGCAGCAGGACAACACCACAAGCAGAGCGCAAACUACACUGCAGUCCAUGGAUGCACAGAGAGUCGAACUCUUUGUGAAGAAUCUGGACUACAGUGUGGAUGACAGGCGGCUGCAUAAAGAGUUCCUGCCAUUCGGAACCAUCAUCAGUGCAAAGGUGAUGAUGGAGAAUGGCCGCUCCCGGGGAACUGCAUUUGUGCACUAUUCAUCUCCUGAUGAAGCUACAUUGGCCAUCAGAGAGAUGAAUGGAAAGAUGUUGGGCAGGAAGCCCCUGUAUGUGAUGCUGGCUCAUAACAACGGGCAGCACAAGGCUUCCCUCGCCCAGACUGAGCAGUGGACAGGGAGCAGCCGUCCUACCGAGCCCUGGCUGAGUCCACACAGAGCCAUGCAGUCAUAGCUGUCCUUAUAAUGUCUUAUAGAAUGUAUCUUGCUCCCUGCUAUCUAGGGAGCUCCCUACUGAACAAAGCUCAAAUAGUGCAAUGAUAACACAAUAUUGUGAUAAUAUUAUAAACCAUAAUAAAAGGUUUGACAUUUAUUGUGAUAUAUAUAAACACACACACACACUGUGUAAAGUAACACGUCUC